AUGCUGCCCUCACUAGCUGAGCUGGCCCCCGCGCUAGCGCAUCUCGCCUCCCACGUCGACCUCGCCACUGUGCUCGCCGCUGUCUUCGGCUCCGCGACGGCGCUGUACAUUCGCCGCGUCCUAGAGUGGCGAGCGCGGUCUCGAGGACGGCCCCUUCCGCCUGGGCCGAGAGGGCUUCCGUUUGUCGGAAAUAUGUUCGACAUGCCGAAAGUCAGGCCGUGGGUGGGCUUGAGGGAGAUGUGCGCUCAAUACGGGGAUAUAAUGCACUUUAGUGUCAUGGGGCAGCGCACUAUCGUCCUGAACAGCCCAGAAGCGAUCUCGGAGUUCCUGGAGAAACGGGCGGCAAACACGUCUGACCGCUUGGUCACUCCCAUGGUUCGCCUAACCGCGAACGAGUGGGUGUUCGGCCUGAUGCCCUACGGCCAGUCGUGGCGGGACCACCGGCGGGCGUUUUGGCAGCACUUCAACCCGAACGCCAUCAGCAUCUAUCAGCCGACACAGGCAUUCACGUUCGCUGCGACGAUGCUCAAGAUCAUUUACGGCAUUGAGUGCGAUGAUGAAGACAACGAGAUUAUGCGGGUGGUGGAAGAGUCGCUCCAGGGGACUGCCCAGCUCUUCGUGCCUGGGAAGUACCUCGUCGACCUGAUCCCGGCGCUCGAAUACGUGCCGUCAUGGUUCCCCGGGGCCGGAUGGCGGGAGACCUCGAUUCAAUCGGUUGAGAUGCCUUAUGCGCAGCGGAUUCCUUCGGCAGAACGUUCAGACGAAAAGUCGAUUGUUGACUCAAUGAUCGAGAAGUUCGGCAGGAGGAGUGACAAGUCAGGAGUUGACAAGGAUGUGGAAGCGGUGAUCAAGCAGACAUGUGCCGUCUCACUAGGAGCCGGAACGGACACUACGUUCUCAACCAUGCAAGCAACAUUCUUGGCAAUGUCGCUUUAUCCCAACGUCAUGAAGGCGGCGCAAGCAGAGCUGGACGCAGUCGUUGGCCCCAGCCGCUUGCCCACCUUCGACGACCGGGAUGCCUGUGUUUACGUGAACGCUAUUAUCAAAGAGAGUUUGCGUUGGUUUAACGUUACCCCACUUGGGAUCUCGCAUCGUACCUCCGCAGACGACGAAAUUUCGGGCUUCUUCAUCCCGAAAGGAACCGUCCUUAUCUCCAGCAUCUGGUCCUGCAUGCACGACCCAGAAGUGUACGAGAAUCCCGAAGAGUUCAGGCCAGAGCGAUUUAUCCGCGACGGCCGGCUGGAUCCUGACGUCCGCGAUCCAUUCGACUUCGCCUUUGGCUUCGGACGGAGGGGACAUGGUGGCAGGAUAUGCCCAGGACGGUAUUUCGCAGACGCCGCGCUCUUCCUGAACAUCGCGACGGUCCUGCAUCUCUUCGACAUCGGCGUCCCGCUCGACGACGCUGGCGAGCCCAUUCCGAUGGAGGUUAGGCUCUCGGACAGCUUCGCCGCAUACCCCGAAGAGUUCCGGUGCACGGUCAAGCCCCGGUCCGCAGAGGCGGUGUCCCUGAUUCUGGCGGAGUAA